CGCACGUGGUGCGCGUUGCCUUCUGGGGUUUGUAGUUCACGCAUGGCUGGGACGGGGCGAGCAGGGAAUCGUGCCCUGAGCCCUGUUUUGCCUGGGCUAUUUGUGGAACUCAGACUCUGACCAGGGGGGCGGGAUAGUAACCCAGAAGUGCUUCAGGGGCUUAACGCAAGUCAGAGAGUAGGAAUUAUAAAUCAGUACGUUUUUCUAUGUUGGGGUAGUAGAGGUACUUUUUUUUUUUUUUAAUUUUCUAGUUCUUGCAAAGCACUUUUUUUUUUUUUUUGAGACAGAGUCUCACUCUGUCACCUAGGCUAGAGUGCAGUGGCGCGAUCUCAGCUCACUGCAACCUCCGCCUUCCAGGUUCAAGCGAUUCUCCUGCCUCAGCCCUCCAAGUAGCUGGGACUAUAGGCGUGUGCCACCAUGCCCAGCUAAUUUUCGUGUUUUUAGUAGAGACAGGGUUUCACCAUGUUGACCAGGCUGGUCUCGAACUCCUGACCUCAGGUAAUCUGCCUGCCUUGGCUUCCCAAAGUGCUAGGAUUACAGGUGUGAGCCACCACGCCCGGCCAAAUUUUUUUUUUUUUUUUUUUUUGAGAUGGAAUUUCACUCUUGUUGCCCAAGCUGGAGUGCAGUGGCUCCAUCUCGGUUCACCGCAACCUCCGCCUCCCAGAUUCAAGCAAUUCUCCUGCCUAAGCCUCCUGAGUAGCUGAGAUUACAGGCAUGCGCCACCACUCCCAGCUAAUUUUGCAUUUUUAGUAGAGACAGGGUUUCUCCAUGUUGGUCAGGCUGGUCUUGAACUCCUGACCUCAGGUGGUCCACCUGCCUUGGCCUGCCAAAGUGCUGGGAUUACAGGCGUGAGCCACUGCGCCCGGCCCCACAUUUUUAAAUUUUUUGUUGAGACAGAGUCUCACUAUGUUGCCCAGGCUGCUCUCAAACUCCUGGCCUCCCAGAGCGCUGGAUUACAGGCAUGAACCACCACACCCGGCUUAAGCACUGAGUGACAGCCCCACGUAAAGCUCUUGUCUAUACACUAGCUCAUCUAAUUGUGAUGGAAUCUUCUGUGAGCUCCAUUUGUCAGUUGAGGAAGCUGGCAGGAGAGGCCUGGGUGCUUGCUCAGAGGUCCCUGAGGCAUCACUUCAACUCUCCCCUUCUUCAGUGUCUUCUUGGAGCCACCCAUGGGACUGCAUGGGCAGGUGCUGGCUUGGGGCGGGGCCGCCUCAAAAGAAGGCUGAGAAGUCAGGACAGUGGGAGACCUGGCAGGUUUUGGGGGAAGCAGGGAGGACUCUGUGGAUGGGAGGUUUCAUAAGUCCCAGGCAGGCCUCAUCCAGUCUUUCCCUGCAGACAGAGGUGUUCCAGGCCUUGCAGCGGCUCCAUAUGACCAUCUUCUCCCAGAGCGUCUCACCAUGUGGGAAGUUUCUGGCGGCUGGCAACAAUUACGGGCAGAUUGCCAUCUUCAGCUUGUCCGCUGCUUUGAGCUCAGAAGCCAAAGAGGAAAGUAAGAAGCCGGUGGUGACUUUCCAAGCCCAUGAUGGGCCCGUCUAUAGCAUGGUUUCCACCGAUCGACAUCUGCUUAGUGCUGGGGAUGGGGAGGUGAAGGCCUGGCUUUGGGCGGAGAUGCUCAAGAAGGGCUGUAAGGAGCUGUGGCGUCGUCAGCCUCCAUACAGGACCAGCCUGGAAGUGCCUGAGAUCAACGCUUUGCUGCUGGUCCCCAAGGAGAAUUCCCUCAUCCUGGCUGGGGGAGACUGUCAGUUGCACACUAUGGACCUUGAAACUGGGACUUUCACGAGGGUCCUCCGGGGCCACACAGACUACAUCCAUUGCCUGGCACUGCGGGAAAGGAGCCCAGAGGUGCUGUCAGGUGGCGAGGAUGGAGCUGUUCGACUUUGGGACCUGCGCACAGCCAAGGAGGUCCAGACGAUCGAGGUCUAUAAGCACGAGGAGUGCUCAAGGCCCCACAAUGGGCGCUGGAUUGGAUGUUUGGCAACUGAUUCCGACUGGAUGGUGAGCUGGGCAGACUGUUGGAUGGGAUGGCAGCUCCGGGCCCUGUCAGCUGUGGGCCUGUGGUUCACAGCUGGGGACUCCCACCUUUCUGUCCAGGUCUGUGGAGGGGGCCCAGCCCUCACCCUCUGGCACCUCCGAUCCUCCACACCCACCACCAUCUUCCCCAUCCGGGCGCCACAGAAGCACGUCACCUUCUACCAGGACCUGAUUCUGUCAGCUGGCCAGGGCCGCUGCGUCAACCAGUGGCAGCUGAGCGGGGAGCUGAAGGCCCAGGUGCCUGGCUCCUCCCCAGGGCUGCUCAGCCUCAGCCUCAACCAGCAGCCUGCCGCGCCUGAGUGCAAGGUCCUGACAGCUGCAGGCAACAGCUGUCGGGUGGAUGUCUUCACCAACCUGGGUUACCGAGCCUUCUCCCUGUCCUUCUGAUCUCCGACGACACCCCCAGCCAGCUCAGGGUUUUAGAGUGUUUUUCAUUUUCUUUCUUUUUUUUUUUUUUACAAUAAAGUUUCAGGCUUUUUUAC